UACCCAGCGUUCCAAGCGUUAGCGGGUUCAUCAUCGAUCUGCGACAGAAGCACAACACACGACCCUCUGAAAGCAUGGCUGGUAGUGUAGCGAGCUGUGCUACUGUGCAGAAAGCAGCUAAACUGCAGUCUCUGAAUGGGCUGUUCGCAAUUUACAAAAAAGCAGGACCGACGUCAGCUGAUGUCUUAAACACAUUGAAAGAAAAACUGUUACAAGAAGCUGGUCUGAAACAGAAUCCCAAGAAAAGGAAAAGGCAUAUUCUCAAGGUCGGGCAUGGAGGCACUCUGGACAACUCUGCUUCAGGAGUGCUUGUGGUUGGCAUCGGGAAAGGAACCAAGAUGCUGGGUAAUAUGCUGUCGGGUUCAAAGAAAUAUACCACAGUUGGUGAAUUGGGGAAAGCCACUGACACAUUGGAUGCUACAGGAACUGGAACUGAAGAGAAGGCGUAUGAUCACAUAACACAGGAGGAAUUUGAGGAAAGUUUGAAGAAAUACAUCGGAAACAUAAUGCAAGUUCCUCCAUUGUACUCUGCACUGAAGAAAGAUGGACAGAGGCUUUCUGUGUUGUUGAAGAAAGGACAUGCAGUGGAAGCAAAGCCAGCGAGACCUGUUACAGUGUACAGCAUCUCACUGCAGGAGUUCAAGCCUCCCCUCUUUACUCUUGAUGUUGAGUGCGGUGGAGGCUUUUACAUCAGGAGCUUGGUCAAUGACAUUGGUAAAGACCUUUCCACCUGUGCCCAUGUGAAGGAUUUGAUCAGAACCAAGCAGGGUCCUUUCACACUGCAGGAGCACGUGCUUCACGAGGACAAGUGGACCAUCGAUGCUAUCGCUCAGUCCAUACAGGACUGUAUGUGCCUCUUCCCAACAGAGCCAGACUCGAAGAGACUGAAGACAGACUCAGAUCAGCCCAGCAAAGACUCACAAGCUGUUGAAGAGGAGUUCUGAGUUAAACCACUGCUCUGGCAGUCCCAUACUGUGUUGAGUGAAUCUCUGCACUCGCUUGUUAGGGCCCCUGCAGGUUAAUUAAAACCUAAUGAUAUUUCUCAUAUUUCACCAUUUUAAAAGUGUCUAAUUAGUAGCCUGCUGUUUUACACAGCUUUGCUACCACCUUUUGCAUUACUAGAAUGAGUCUUUUGGUAGGUAUUACUGUAAGCAUCAGAAUCAAUUAUUUAUAGCAGCUCCCAUCUAUAAUGUUAAAUUAAGGAUCCUAGAAAAGUAUACUUUGUUUUUUUCUCUCCUUAAGGAAAAAAGAAACGGCAAGCAAGGAAGGUAGUAAUGUAUUUAAAAGAUGUAUUGUUAUAAUAGGCCUCAGAGUAGUAGAAUCUCAUUAAAGACCUAGACUGGCUGACACAUUCUCUUUCAGAAGGUGCAGAAGCCUGACAGAACUAUUUGAUCAUAAUAAAUAACAACACAUAAACGCUAAGGUCAGUGUAAAGUUUAACCAGAAUUUUGACCGUACACUUGUACUGGAAAUGUUUCUUUUAAAUAUUUUAAAUACAUUUUUCAAACCUACUGUAUGGGGAUAUAAAUUGUUCGGAACAUCAGUUUUUGCAGCAAAAACAAAUUAAUAAAAACAAGUGGAUAAACCCCA